GGCGCAAGGUAGCAAAACAUCCACGUAAAGGUACCUACCUGUAUGUUGAUCGUGCCGGAGAUUAGCCACACUGAGCAAGUCCAUCCCGAAGGCUCCCCUCAACGUGGGCGUGUCUAUCCAUCCCUAGUGUACACUGCAAGUGGCCGUUCAAAUAGGCCAAUGGGGGGUAUCAGGCGGCUCUUUUUUGCCCUUCUCUUUCCUCCGCCGUUGGCAGCAGCAGCUACAAACCCCUGGUCCCGAAGCACUGACCCUCCUCACUCCUAACACAUUGCCCUGCCUUUUCUUCUUUUCCAACCCCCGAGACAAAAGGCGAAAAGAGAAGAAAGGAAACAAGAAACGAGAUUACCCACUCACACAUUUGCCGAACAUACCCUUGACGAGGGGGGAA